GGUCUAUAAUUUGUCAAAAGAAACACUGGACAAACCUACAAUAAAAGUAUUGUCGAAAGGCUUAAAUUUUGCUAUAACGCCACAAAAAAUCCCGUACGAAGAAAUUAUCUGUAGUGUUGAGGAUUGUCUGUUUAAGAAUAAUAUCGGUAAAGAGGAGUUAGAGGCUAUACGUCAAGACAUUUCGUCCUUGUUACGUCGAAGUUCAGCGCCGAAACUAAAUCUUCGAAAAGAUGAAUUUAAAGCGUUGUACAACUUACGCAAUAGACCAGAGCUCACUAUUCUCCGCGCGGAUAAAGGAAAUGCUACGGUAAUAAUGGACACGUCAGAGUAUAAUUUUAAAAUACAACAACUUUUAUCGCACAUCUUGACGUGAAUUCGACAAUACCAUCAUGUGCUAAACCACCGAGGUUGUAUGGGUUACCGAAAAUACACAAACCAAACGCUCCACUACGUCCUAUAGUAAGCCAGAUCGAUUCACCAACUUAUAAGUUGGCUCAACACUUGGCAAAAAUACUGUCACCACUAAGAGGACAUACCAGAGCACACACAAAGGAUUCGUACCAUUUUGUUAGUGAGAUUAAAGACCUACAUCUCGCUGACAAUGAAACUAUGGUCAGUUUUGAUGUUCAGUCACUAUUCACAUGCCUACCUAUUGAAGACUGCAUCUCAAUUGUUACUAGAAAGCUAGAAGAUAACAACAUUCCUACAGAAUAUGCAGUAUUACUCAAACACUGCCUCACAUCUGGCUAUUUAUUGUGGAAAGAAGAGUUCUACAUGCAAGUAGAUGGAGUGGCAAUGGACUCACCUGUAUCUCCCGUAGUCGCCGACAUAUUCAUGGAGGACUUUGAGGAGAAAGCCCUUCUUACUGCUCCUGUAAAUCCAAGAUUCUACAAGCGGUACGUAGACGAUACUUUCACAAUUUUACCAUCUGACAAAGUAACUGCAUUUUUAAAUCACCUUAAUUCCAUAAACCCUAAAAUACAAUUCACAAUGGAGUUAGAGGCAAACAAUACUUUAGCUUUUCUAGAUGUUUUAGUCAUCCGAAAUCCUGAUAACACUAUUGGUCAUACUGUGUACAGAAAAAAUACCCAUACCAACCGAUAUUUAAAUGGUGAAUCUCACCAUCAUCCUUCACAGUUAGCUACCGUGGGAAAAUCUUUGUUUCAGAGAGCACGAGGGAUCUGUGACAGAAAACAUCUGGCCGCCGAGCUUCAGCACGUCGAGCAAGUACUGCAAGACAACAAGCUUCGGGUCCCGCGCCUACGUCACAGUGACCGAGUGAAGCCAGCCACAGUCGAGCGUGUGCCUGCUGUACUACCCUAUGUCAGAGGAGUCACAGACAAGGUUGGCUACAUCUUGAAGCAAGCUUCCAUUAAAACGUACUUCAAGCCGCUGAAGAAGAUUAGUCAAUUUUUACCAUCCGUCAAGUGUCAAAUCCCUCUACAAGAUGCAGGAGUGUACAAGCUGGAUUGUGAAUGUGGUCUCUCGUACAUAGGACAAACAAAAAGAUCUAUUAAAACCCGCGUUAAAGAACAUAUAGCUGACGUGAAGCACCGACGUAUCGACAUAUAUAUAUACAGAGAGACAGAUAAGACACGAUCAGGAAGACACGUUAUCCUGAUUAUUUUCGCCCGUAGGCACGGUCUCUGGUGGGGGGUGAUGUGGUAUACAACAUAAUAAAAUUAUAUAAUUUAAGUAAUUUAUAAGCAACUUUAAAUAAUUUCAGUAC